AUGGCCCUGGCCAAUCUCACCUCCACCCCAGAGUUCCUCCUCCUUGGCCUAAUGGAUGGAACAGACAUCCAUCCACUGUUGUUCCUGCUCUUCCUUGGGGUCUACCUGGUCAAUGCCCUGGGCAACCUGAGCAUGGUGGUGGUGGUGAGGUCCGACGGGGCCCUCCGCUCCCCCAUGUAUUACUUCUUGGGCCACCUGAGCCUCGUGGACGUCUGCUUUACCACAGUCACAGUCCCCAGACUGCUGGCCGGCCUGCUCCACCCAGGUCAGGCUGUGUCAUUCCAGGGAUGCUUUGCCCAGAUGUACUUCUUCGUGGCUCUGGGCAUCACCGAGAGCUACCUGCUGGCAGCCAUGUCCUAUGACCGUGCAGUGGCCGUCUGCCGCCCCUUGCACUAUGGCUCGGUCAUGACGCCCUGGCGCUGCACGGCGCUGGUGGGGGCAUCUUGGGCAGUGGCCCACCUGCACUCACUGCUUCACACAGUGCUCAUCUCCAAGCUCUCCUACCCACGCUCCGCCCCCGUGCGCCACUUCUUCUGUGACAUGACCGUGAUGCUGAGCUUGGCGACCUCGGACACGUCCGCCGCGGAGACUGCCAUCUUCUCUGAGGGCCUGGCCGUGGUGCUGACCCCGCUGCUCCUCGUGUCCCUGUCCUACGCACGCAUCCUGGUCACGGUGCUGGGAGUGCGGUCCGCAGGGGGCCGGCGCCGCACCUUCUCCACCUGCGGAGCCCACUUGGUGGUGGUGUCACUUUUCUUUGGCUCCAUCCUUUCUGUCUAUUUCCGGCCGUCAUCUGCCUACUCUGCCCGCUAUGACCGCCUGGCCAGCGUGGUCUAUGCCGUAGUCACACCGACCCUGAACCCUUUCAUCUACAGCCUCCGCAACAAAGAAGUUAAGGGCUCCCUAAAAAGGGGGCUCCGAUGGAGGGCGGCGCUCCAAGAGGUGUGA